GUCUUGUCUUUCUGUUUGUCUCUUUUUCUGCGUUUUUUUCAAUUUUAUGAAAAAUGACAAAAAAUUCAAACACAAACAAUAUGAUCCGUGAUAUUGAACAUCCGGAAUCCAUUAGCUCGAAUAGCCCAACAUUGAAAUCAUCCAAAAUCGAUAAUAAUGAUGAUGAUAAUGAUGAUUGAAUAAUCCAGAGAAACGAUUAUCACUUUAUUCACAAUUAUCACUCGAAAGUAUUGAUAGCCAUUUAGAUGUUGUGGAUAAUUGUACAUUUAAUGACCAACAACGACAAGUUGUCGAACAAUCAGAAUCUGUAAUUGCAUCAAUGAUGGAACGAGUUCAAAUAUCAGCCAUUGAAUUACCGGUUGAUCCACCUACAAUGCAAUCAUCACAAAUGAUUGUUGUUAAUGACCAAGAAAAGCGAAAAGAAUCUAAGCCAUUGAAAAGACGAUCAUCGUAUCUACAGUCAUUGAUUCCAAUACGAUUACAACAUCCAACAACAACACCUACACCAACAUUGACACCAUCACCACAGCUAUCUAUUCGAGCAAACAUCCGUUAUGAUAACAGCAACAACAUUAAUGAAAAUAUAUCGAAAGCUAAAUCCGAUACACAAUUAUUUUUCUGUCUUUAUGAUGAUGAUUAUAGCUACUAUUAUGGUGAUGAUCAAUUUGGCAUAGGCAAUGAAUCAGAUCGUCAAUUGAAUCAAUGUAGACGUCAUUGUUCCACUAUUAUCAAUACAUCAUCAUCAUUAUCAGCAAAUGGAUUAAAAGUACCAGAAUCGAAUAAAAUAACGACCAACACCAGCAAACGAAAUAGUCAGAUUCGUGCUAGUUUCUAUGAAAAAUGGCUUGGCAUUAAUAAUAAUAAAAAUAAACGACAACAACAAUCAACACCUCCACCAUGUUCAUCAAUGUCGACGACUUCAUCAUCAUCAUCAUCAUCGGCUACAGAUUCGAUGAAAAGAAAAUUUAAAUUUCGUUAUAGUAGUAAAGUAUCAAGAAAAAUUGCUGAACGUUUACAUGUUAACAGUAAUAAUAGUGAAAAUGAUGAUGACUGGCAUCGUACGAAAAGGGAAAAAUCAUCAUCAACACCAUUACGAUCAUGUUCACUUCGUUAUCGAGCUUCUGAACCAGCUAUCAAUAAUUGUUCAUCAUCAAGUUCAUCGUUAAGCCGUAAAUGUCGACGAAAUGGAUUCAUAAAACAAUAUGAUGAUUAUGAUUACUAUAAUAUCGCUGUUCAACAAUCUGUACAGGAAGAUCCAGGCUAUAAUUCGGGUGAAAAUGGUCAUUCAACAUUACGAUCAUUAACAGAUGAACAGAAACGAAUUGCCGCUGCCAAUGAACAAUCAGCCAGGAUAUCGGCUACAUUGGAUAAACGAAAUUCAGAUUCUCGUCCACCACGUGAUAAAUCUUUAUUGCGAAACAUAAAGAAACGAUUUAGUUUCAAUAGACGAUCAAAAUCAGUGGAUAGAAAUCUUGGUAAACGAGCGGUUGCCAACGGUGAUGAUGAUGAUGAUGACGAUUUUGAUGAUGAUUAUAAUGACGGUCAACGUGGUCAUGGAAUGGAAAGAGCAAGAUCGGUACCCGGUUCACGUGAAACAUCUAUGCCCAAAGAAAGCAAUAUCCAACAACAAGAACCACGUAUUAAGGAAAGUUUUGGCAAUUUAAGUCAAACAUCUACACGAACAUUUAUGCAUGAAGAUUCUGUACUGAUAAUGGAAUGUAAUGAAAAAGGAAUGAUUAAACAUUUUGUUGUACCAACUGAGGAUGUGGAUAAAGCUCGUCAUGAUUUGAAACGACGUAAAGGCACCAAACUUCAUCUGUAUAAAGAUCAUUUGUUUAUUGCACGACAUGUACCAUCAUCGAGAUUAUGUCAAAUUUGUGGUAAAAAAUUUGCAUUUCGUCUUGGUAAACAAGCCUAUCAAUGUCGUGAUUGUGGCCUAAUUUGUCAUAAACCAUGUCAUGUUCAUGUAGAAACUAGAUGUUUUUCAUCAAGUAUUGCUGCAUUGAAUCUUGAAUUAAUUGAUGGUGGUGAUCAACAUCAAUUUACAUUGCAACGUAAUAAUAAUAAUAAUAACAACAACAACAAUAAUAAUACCAAUGUAAUGGCUGUACCAGAAUUGAAAAUUACCGACACUGAACCGGAUAAUUAUAUCAUCACCAACAAUAACAAUAAUAAUAAUAAUUCGAUUAAUCGUUGAGCAUUUAAAAUUCAUAUCGACAAA